UGUUGAUACCGAGCUAGACACAAUAAUAACAUACAGUUCAAGCUCAUAAAAGCUCCAAAUUCCCUCGUCUUCCAUCUUUAGUUCAAAUGUUUUCAAAAUGCUGUUUAAUGGUGAUGACUUCAAAUUUUUUGUGAUACAAAAAAAAAUGUAAAGGUUCACCAAAAAAAAGUCAAAUCAGAAUCUAACCCAUCAUCAAGUCUUUUGACACUCACGCAGCAUUCAGUCCCAUGAAAAAUUUCACAAGGAUGUUCAAAUCAUCCACAGGCUACUUCUCCUCCAUAAAGUGCCCCAAGCUGGACCACUGCAAACUACCAAACUGCAUCUUUAGUCAUGGUUCCAAAAGGCCAAUAUCUACAGAAUCUUCAAAGCUGGAAGGUGUUGCAACAAAGAAGCUCAAAGUCUCAAAUGCUGUCAAUGAUGCUGCUGUUAAUAUCAUAAACCCAGUUGCUGGAAGGGAUCUAACCAUGUGGACUCCAAAGACAUUGCCAGGAGUUGGUGCUCCAGCGUCUAUACAGCAGCGUAUCAAGUACAUCAACGCUUUGAUAGCAGCAUAUCAGAAGCAUAAUAUACCAUUACCAAAGACUAAAGCGGUUGAACAAGAGUACAAUAUUGCUGUUAAUUCCACCAAGACUACAUAUGGGGCCAAUAUCAAAAUACUGAUCAAGAACGCCUCUAAUAAUACUACACCUGCAUCAAAAGUUGAAAAGAAGAAAUUAAGCCCUAGUGAAAGUUAUGAGGCGGUCAAGAAAUUAAUCCAUCCUAUCCAUGUGCUUGAGAGAAACCAAUAUGUUACAAAAAUCCCAACUGAAUACGUUGAAAAGAUUGAUGACCGUAAUAAGAGAAAAUGUGAUCACUGUUCAGAACAAUUUUACAUUACCCAGAUUGACGAUAAGGUUGAAUGUUUGUAUCAUGAUCGUAAAAAAAGAUACAUUGUGAAUGGUAGUGAAAGAAGCGCGGAAUGGGAAUGUUGUUCUGAAGUCGUUGGUGUAUCGCAAGGUUGCAAAACUGCAACGGGACAUGUUUUCAAAGCUUCAGAUCCAUAUGAUUUACAUCAAUUUAUACCUUUUAGAGAAACACCAAAAGCUACUAAAGUGAAGCAACAAAUCAUAGGGAUGGAUUGUGAAAUGGGUUAUACUACAAAAGGUAUGGAGGUUAUUAGAGUCACAAUCAUGGAUUUCUUCACAAGUUCAGUAUUAUUUGAUGAAAUUGUCAAGCCAUCUGGGAAAGUUAUUGAUCUCAAUACAAAAUGGAGUGGUGUUGAUGAGAUUCCUCAAACUGCAAUGACAUUGGACAAUGUAUUUGAUGUUAUUCUUGGUACCAUCAUUGAUGAAAAUACAAUUAUUAUUGGACAUGGUCUUGAGAAUGACUUGAAUGUUCUUAGAUUAAUCCAUCACAAGGUUGUUGAUACUGCCAUUUUAUACCCAAAAUCUUUGACCAAGAAAUUCAGCUUGAAAGACUUAUCAUUCCAAUACCUCGAUAGAAAAAUUCAGACUGGGGAGCAUAGUUCGGAAGAAGAUUCUUUGGCAGCUAUGGAUAUUGUCAAAUACCACAUUUGUACAUAAAUGAAACAUCAUUGAAAAUAGUUAAAGUAGCUCUCAAGACAAACGUUCUUCUAUCUGAUUCAAUUUAUUCAUUAUAACUCUUUGGUUCUCUAAAACCAUUUUCAACAUCUUUUGAAGAUCUUCAUCUUUUCCAGGUGAU